UGCUCACCGCCGAGUUGUCGUCGUUGUCGUCGUUGUCCCUCAUCGCCGCCGCCGCCGUUGUCGUCGUCGUCGUUGUUAUCGUAUCCGUCGUCCACUUGGAUUUUCUCUCGCACGCAGACGCUCAAAGCCAGACAUUACCACAGCGGGAAGUACCAGAGCAUGAUCUGCACACACGGGGAUCUCCGCGUCGAGUAAUUCGUGUGGUGCUCGGCGAUGCUGAGGCGGGUGCCCCUGUUCCAGGCAAUGCCCGACGGGGACAUAGAGAACAUCAUCGAUGCUAUGAAGCAGGUGUACUUCCCCGCAGGUCACGUGAUCAUCCAGCAAGGGGACCCUGGCGAGCAUUUCUUUUUCGUCUAUAGUGGUCAGGUCGUGGCCACGAAGGAGUCCGCCGACUCGGAGCCCGUCUCCAUGGCGCACGAGGCCGGCGACUACUUCGGCGAGCUGG